GAGUAUUGUUUAAACCCCGUGAGGGUGAGGCCGUGAUAUCUCACUGAUCGAGGGCUUAACACGAUACGGCGUCGUCGGAUGCAUCUGCAGCUUCACCAGCUUCCUAACCAAAAUCCCUAACUCUGCACUCUGAUUGCAGGUUCACCCUUGAUUAUUUGCUGCCCUAAUCAAGCCGAUGGAAACCAGAAUUCGGCCAAACCUUAUGCUGUUUGGCUGCAGCAUUAUUCUAUUACUACACGGCAUCACCAGAUCGGCGGCAUCCCUUCCCCCAAUCGACUCACUCUUCGGAGUCUCCCCUGAAGAUGCGAGUUAUUACAAGGGGUUGUCAUCAGCGAGUGCGAUUAAGUGCAAAGAUGGAUCUAAGAAAUUUAACAAAUCGCAGUUCAACGACGACUUUUGUGACUGCCCUGAUGGCACUGAUGAGCCCGGAACUUCAGCUUGCCCGAAUGGAAAAUUCUACUGCAAGAAUGCUGGACAUGCUCCUAUUGUCUUAUAUUCUUCAAGGGUCAAUGACGGUAUCUGUGAUUGCUGUGAUGGGAGUGAUGAGUAUGAUGGGAAAACUAUAUGCCCCAAUACAUGCUGGGAAGCUGGAAAAGUAGCAAGAGAAAAAUUGAAGAAAAAGAUUGCCACAUACCAGGAAGGUGUCACUAUACGCAGGAAGGAAAUUGAGAAAGCAAAACUAUCCAUAUCCAAGGAGGAAGCAGAACUAGAGAAGCUAAAAGAGGAGGAAAAGAUACUCAAUGGAUUGGUUGAAAAGCUCAAGGAGCGCAAGGAACAGAUAGAAAAGGCUGAGGAGCAAGAACGGCUUCAGAAAGAAAAGGAAGAGAAGGAAAGAAAGGAAGCCCAAGCUACCAAAGAUGACGAUACGAAAGCUGAAGAUACAGAGCCUAAACCGAAGGACAUCCAUGAUGAUAUUGGGCUAGUAGAUCAACCUCCUCAGGACUCUGCGGAAGACAAUCAUGGAUCUUACACUGAACCUGAACUUGGUGACCAUUCAAUUGAGGACAAACUUUCUAAUGAUGGAGCAGGGGAACAAGAUGGCUCUAUCCAGAAUACUGAACAGCUAGUUGAAGACUCCACUUCUGAUGGCAAGGAUGGUCUUGAUAGUGGAAAUCAGGUGGAAAAUGUAGCUGAAAACACUGAAUCACUAUCAAAAGAAGAGUUGGGCCGCCUAGUUGCAUCUCGAUGGACGGGGGGAAAAAACGAGCAACAUAAGGAGGAGAUUGAAACCUCUCAAAAUCAGGAUCACCAAUAUCCAAAUGAGACGCCAAAUGAAUCCAAUUAUGAGGAUGAUGCUGGUUACGCCUCGGAGGAGGAUGAGCAUAAUAGAUAUGAUGAUGAUGAUGAUGACAGUGAAGAUCAAGUUGAUGACUUUGAUGGAGCGAAUCAGUAUGAUUCUAGUUCUUCACAGAGACUUGAGUCUGAUGAUGAAUUAGACUUUUCAGAUAUAACUGGCACAAGUAGCUCAUCAUGGCUGGACAAGAUACAACAAAGAGUGAAGAGCAUCUUUCAGGCUGUCAAUAUUUUCCAGAAACCUGUUAAUGUAUCUGAGGCUGCGCAGGUGCGUAAAGAAUAUGAUGAAUCCAGUUCCAAAUUAUCAAAAAUACAGUCAAGGAUAUCGCAUCUGAAGCAGAAACUAAUAGAAGAUUUUGGGCCAGAGAAGGAAUUUUAUUCAUUCUAUGGUAAAUGCUUUGAAAGCAAGCAGAACAAGUAUGUUUACAAAGUUUGCCCAUUCAAACAAGCUACCCAGGAGGAGGGAUACAGCACAACUCGUUUAGGGAGCUGGGAGAAAUUUGAGGAAUCUUACAGGGUAAUGCAGUUUAUGAAUGGAGAUAAGUGCUGGAAUGGCCCAGAUAGAAGCUUAAAGGUGCGGUUAAGGUGUGGUUUGAAAAAUGAACUCACGGAUGUUGAUGAACCAAGCCGUUGCGAAUACCUUGCAUUCUUAGCCACUCCUGCUCUGUGUAUUGAAGAUAAACUCAAGGAACUGCAAGAGAAAAUGGAGUCGCUCAAUAAAGAUCAACCAAUGGGAAUACACGACGAGCUGUGAGCAGGAAGAGAGGUUCUAAACCACUCUUAAUGCAAGGAUCCAUUUCAUGAUUUUGAAGAAGAUAGAGGGUGUAGACUAGUAACUCUGAAAUGAAGCACAAAUAUGGAGUACUAAUAUUUUAUUUAUAUUUUAGCUUGUGGGGUCCUCUUCAUGAUACACGCACGUGCACACACAUUGAAUAAGAAUAUUUGAAAGUCUUACACAUGCAUGUAAAGGUAUAGAAUAUUUGAUAGCUGAUCAAUAUAGUUCCUCCUCCUACAAAAAAUAGUCUAUUUUUUCA